AGUUGACUAGGCACGCGGGUCACGACAUCGACAACGACAAGUGCUCUCCGAACUCUGCCCUAUCGUGUCACAAUUAUCAUAUCACACAGAGCUUGACGCAACGGCGUGUCCUGUUUUGCCCUUCUUGAAGUGAAGUUCUGUAUUGGCAUUCAGCUGCAGGGUUGAUACUACUAUAGUGUCCUUGCUCUAUGAUACUACUAGUCCACGUAAUUUCUCCAGCUUUGUCGUCCGCAUCAUCACCACAGUACCGAGCGACAUGCCGAUGAACAAAGGCCGAGCGUACGGUUUCUCUGCCGAGCUGGAGAGAAAGUCCAGAGCCACUUAUGCCGAAAGACUUGACAAGGAGCUUGAAUGCAGGGCAUGGAUUGAAGCCAUUACAGGGGAAGAACUUGAACCGGUGGAGAGUGGAUGGGAUAACUUCUCUGCUGCCUUGAAGAAUGGCGUCAUUCUGUGCAAGUUGAUAAAUGUGAUCAGUCCCAGAAGCGUCAAGAAGAUUCAUGACAGCAAAAUGGAGUUCAAAAUGAUGGAGAACAUUGGUAACUUCUUGACAGCGUGCGAGAGCAUUGGCGUACAAAAAGCAGAUCUGUUCCAGACCGUGGACUUGUUCGAGGGACGUAACAUGAACAGUGUUCUGACGGGGUUGGAAGCUUUGGGCCGAAAAGCUCAGCAGAUUGGUUUCCGGGGGCCCACCUUUGGCGCCAAGCCUUCCUCAGAAAACAAGCGAGAGUUCUCGGAGGAGACGCUGAAGGCCGGCCAGAAUGUCAUCGGUUUGCAGAUGGGCACCAAUCAGGGGGCCAACCGGUCUGGUAUAUCUUACGGCAGCAGGAGACAAGUGUACGACCCACAGCUAAAAAAAUGAGAUCAUGACUCCUCUUGCAAACACAUUAAGAGUGUACUGCUUGUCCUUGUGUGUAGAUCUAGCCAGAUGUGUUUUUGAUAGAGUAUAUAUCUGGAAUGCCCUUGUAAGUUACACUUCGUCAAUUGAGAUGUUGCUACACCCUCCAUCUAGUGGUAGGCCUGUUGAUCUGCACUGACAUUUAAAUUACAGGGUUUUAUAUAGCAACUCAAAGAUAGAUAAACGCCAGCAUAAUCUGGGGAAAAUUGAGGGGUGACAUGGGGGCAUGGUGCCCCCUUUUAAACCAUGAAACCCCUGAAGGUUUGAAAACUGACAUAGGAAUUAAAGGAUUUGGGACUUUCAGGGUUAGACUUACUAGUAGGUUGGAGAGGUAGUGACUUCUCUUAGUCUCGUUUAUCAUGUCGUACGAUUCCUUUGUGUUAAGUUAUGCAUUGAUACUUAAACAGACCAGGAUGUACGCCAUUGUUGCUGGUAGUUGCUUAAACAUGCCUAAACUAAUGCACAUGAAUCUAGCCUGCAUGAUCAAGCACAUUUAGCCAGGCAGUUGUUGAAUAGACAAGCAAAUCUUUAGCCUGCUAUUUACACGUCAUAUUGCAAACUAUUGUUUUGAAUUAUCGCAGCCAAGACAUCCUUAAUUUCAACGCUCUAAAGUUUGUAUUCAAGAAUUUUGUACAUGCAGUUCAGAGCCCUUUAUUGGACAGAGUAGAAACUACUUCAUUUCCCUGUUGGGAAAUAUUGUGGUAGAGCAUGGUGUGUCACAAAUUGUUUUUAGAGUUGAAAGGUGACGGAAACAGAAGGUGCUUUAAACGUGACAUUGAUACAUGAAUAUCGUCUGUUUUCACAAGACUAAUUAUUAAGUGCUGUGCAUGUAUUCAGAUAGUUUUUAUGACGGGACAGAGGGUUAGAUCGUAUUGCUUUCGAAACUUUUGCUAAUUGCCGUGGGAAAAGAUGUCAUUAGGUCAGAGAUUAGAAGAAAUAAAGAUUUCUUAUGGUGCCCCAAAAGAAAUGUUGCUGUAACAAAAAAUUGGAGCUGAAGGUGCUAAAAACAAAAUGUUGGAUGAGAUAUUGUAUCUUGCAUCACAUUUACAUGUACUUACAAAUUAUCAUAGUUAGCUAUUUUUUAUAUAUCUUCACCAGUAAUAACUAAUAUGAACUAGCAUGUGUGGAAUUUGUGUACUGUAUAUGUACAUGUAUGAAGUCUUAUUUUAUAGUGUCACUGGGGCAUUUUGUUUCCUGUUAUUCCUACAGUGCAACACUCUCUCAUAAUCUAAGGCAGAUGUACAGGUACGAAUACUUACCAUUGAGGACAAUAGACUCACCUCUGAGGACAUCCUUUGUUCCCCGAGCGUUCUGUCCGCCCAUGAUAUUGUUCCUAAUUUAAUAGGAUUUCAUAUUUUUUGUCUUUAUGCCGUUCCUAUUUUUUUCUCCAUUUCAUAUAUACUGCGGGGUAGUCAUGCUUGGGUAGGGUCUACUGGGAUUUAUUUUCUUAUUUCCUUAGUGGUCAAAUAACAUGCCAGUCUGCCCUCCAUAUCAAAGUUAAACCUAUGCACAUUAUAUGACCAAAUGUUCAUUCCUUCCAUAUUUUCAAACAAAAACAGAUUCAGACGGUACCCAUUGUCUGAGGUAUAUUUUGAAAAGUUCCUUGAAUUAUCCGAGCUUCAGUUGCAGUCACUUCCUUUGUUACCAUUUGGAUGGAUGUUGACAAUUAUUCCUGGCCUGAUUUGCUGCUAUCAGGAAAUGAUAAACUGUUCCCUCUGUUCCAUAUUUGUUACAGUAUGUUUCAUGAUAUAACCUUGUGCAGUUACAAAAAAAUCCCAUUCUGCAAUUCAAAAGUUAAUGUUUGUAUUUAAUUUGUGGGCAAAAUUUCAAGCCGCCAAAUUGUGAGAAAAUUUUGAAAUAACUCAUGCCACGUCUAUUUUUCUACAACACUUAAAAAAAGAUUGCCGUUUAAAUUUUUUAAGGAUUGUAUAAUGGGUAUUGUCAAUCAUGUUUUUGCACAGUCAGACCGAGAAAAAUAAUAUGUACCUUUGAAAGUCUACAAGGGGCGUGCAGCCAUAUUUCAGCUGGGGAGAUCGGAUUUAUUUUGGUAACAAGACCAUCAUCUUGUAGGGCACAGUUACAGCGAGAGAAUGUCACAGAUGGUUUCUGAACGUUGUCAAGAUCUUCACCCAUUUAUUAGCUUGAAAUAGCUGUACAGGUACUUUCAACGACUUACUUUUCAUACCAACAUACUGGUAACGCAUGCACCAUUUGGUUUAUUUCUCAUCUGCAUUGCACAUAAAUAUUUCAUAGGCUACAACUGUGCACUGUUUGGCGACAGUCAUGCACUUCCCUUAGUCGCCCGGACAUUUGAAAUGGACAGUAUUAGAAGCAGCUUUGUUAUUUAUUACUAGCAAGAUGCUACCAUGACAACCAGUUGGCACGGUUACAUGCAGUAGGCAACAUUAUAUCAGAGCUGGUUAUUACAUCUGCAAAAUCUACAUUUUGUGCCUGCAGAUUAGGGGACAGCUGAGUGGGUCAUUGAGGUUGAUAUCAUAUUAUUUGUAUAGCUUUGUUACACGGUUUGCAUGGUUUAUUAUUUAAAGGCAGUUGAAAGCCAAAGUAAGUCUGUUAAUUUUUGUUUAAAUUCCAUCCUAGUUCAGGAUUGUGUCAGAUAAAUUUACGAGUACAAUUCCAUAUUCAAGCAACAAUUCCAAAUGAUUUUAAAAUCAGUGUUGAAAUUUUCAUUCAUAAUUCAUAUCAAGGCGAAAAAGUGUUUGUAACUGUUACUCGGUAUUCCGUCAGUGUCAGCCAAGUGGGUUUUUUUUCUGCAAGCUUUAACAUUUGGAUUUACAAUUUUGAAACAUUCUGGCAUUCCAAACAAGAAUAUUCAUUCCAGUGUUUUUUCCAUUGUCCAAAGACAUUUUUAAAUGUACAAUAAGUAAUAUGUGCUCAAAGUUUACCCUCCACCCAAGUACGGAUUUUAUUGCUUGUAAUUGUUAGCAUUGCAAAGUUGAAGAGAAGCAGUAGUUGUAUUCAGUUUUUAUGAUUUGAAAUAAAAAGAUUAGAUAUUUGCAUUUUUAAUGAA